CUGUCCUGACCUCCUGAUGAUGGGACCCUGGAACUGGACGGAAAUCUCCGAGGCGUGAGGGAGGAAAAAGAUGCGUCUGUGGUGGGUUUUACUGGUCGUCUUUGGGAGCGUCGGCGGCGAGCUGCCGUUCGCGGUGGAGAACAACGCGGCGAUGCUGGUGGACUGGAACGCCAUCGACGGGAACAAGAGGCUGUUCGCCAUCUACGACACAAGCGCGAAGGAACCGAGGGACAUGUCGCAUGUCAAAGACACUGUGGACAAACUGUUGAAGGGAUACGACAUCCGUCUGCGGCCGGACUUCGGAGGCGCCCCGGUGGCUGUCGGGAUGAGCAUCGACGUGGCGAGCAUCGACAGGGUGUCUGAAGUCAAUAUGGACUACACCUUGACGAUGUACUUCCAGCAGUACUGGAGGGACAAGAGACUGGCCUAUGCGGGGAUCCCUUUCAACCUGACGCUGGACAACCGAGUAGCAGACCAGCUCUGGGUCCCAGACACGUACUUCCUCAACGACAAGAAGUCCUUCGUUCACGGCGUCACCGUUAAGAACCGGAUGAUUCGACUUCACCCGGACGGCACCGUCCUCUACGGCCUCCGAAUCACGACGACAGCAGCCUGCAUGAUGGAUCUGAGGAGAUACCCGCUGGACGAGCAGAACUGCACUCUGGAAAUUGAGAGUUACGGUUACACGACGGAUGACAUCGAGUUCUACUGGAAGGGAGGCGACACCGCCGUGACCGGGGUGACGCGCAUCAAGCUCCCUCAGUUCUCCAUCAUGGACUACAAACUGGUCUCCAGGAACGUGGUCUUUUCCACAGGAGCCUACCCUCGACUCUCCCUGAGCUUCAAGCUGAAGCGAAACAUCGGGUACUUCAUCCUGCAGACGUACAUGCCCUCCAUCCUCAUCACCAUCCUCUCCUGGGUGUCGUUCUGGAUAAAUUAUGACGCCUCGGCUGCCAGAGUCGCAUUAGGGAUCACCACCGUCCUCACCAUGACGACCAUCAACACCCAUCUGAGGGAGACUCUGCCCAAGAUCCCUUACGUGAAGGCCAUAGACAUGUACCUCAUGGGCUGCUUCGUCUUUGUCUUCCUCGCCCUGCUGGAGUACGCCUUCGUCAACUACAUCUUCUUCGGGAGGGGUCCUCAGAUGCAGAAGAAACAGGCUGAGAAGGUCCAGAAGGCCAACAAUGAGAGGGAGAACUUUGAUGGACCCAAGUCCCUACUGCAUGGAGGCAAUUGCAGAACUUGGUCUGUUAGACUGUCCAAUCGUGCUGGAGGGCGUCGUCCCUCUCGGCGGGUCGACACCCGCGGGAACAUUCUGCUGACGACCUUGGAGAUCCACAACGAGGUGGGUGGCAACGACGUUGAGACCCACAACUGCUCCUCUUCUUCCUCUUUCUCCUCCUCCUGCGUGGUGUUGGACAACUCUGGGGGGGUCCAGUACAGGAAGCCGAGCGGGCCGAGCGAGCUGCGGCGCCUCGGCUCGGCGAGGGACGCCCAGCUGAAGAAGGCGCGCCUGCGCAGACGCUCCUCGCAGCUCAGAAUCAAAAUCCCGGACCUCACAGACGUCAACGCCAUCGACAGGUGGUCCCGAAUAAUAUUCCCCUUCAGCUUCUCCCUCUUCAACACCAUCUACUGGCUCUACUACGUCAACUAAACACGCGCCGUUGGUGGUUCUCUAAACUCCACCGGUCCCCGUGGAGGCCGUCACGUGACCAUUUUUUUUUUUUAUCAUAGUGAGCGUCUCUGCUGCGAUUUCCAGCGGAACAUUUAUCUCACAAGACUUUGAAAUGUGAAAGACUCUAAGAGGAGAUUGUUUGUACCUGAACGCAGCGCAAACGGACGCUGCUAGCGCGAGGUGUUGCUAACGCGAGGUGUUGCUAACGCGAGGUGUUGCUAACGACAAUGUAGCUGACGAGGACUUGUUUUAUCAUUACAGUUCGUCUGUCACCACAUGGACUCUUAGCGCAUGAUCUGAUGGGAAAUCCAGCCUAAGAUAGAAGAUCGGGCCUCCGGCCGCUGUGGUCACGUGACGAUGUUUAAAACAAAAUGGCGGUCGUGGUUAUUGGUGGGAAAACACGUCAAGAUUUGCCAACGCGGCGCACUGGGGAUAACAGAGAUUAUGUAGCCUUUGACCUCCAGUGAUGAAGGGUCGGGAUACGUAAUUCCCAUAUGAGCGCUUGAAUGUGACUCCGGGCGGGUCGAACCGAGGCGGAUUCAUUGUCCGCCGUUACGAUUCAGGCGUCAGUUUGCUUUGAAGCCGACGUUGGAGCUGCUGUGACGUCGCUGCGUUGAUUAACUCUGACAUUAAUGAGAAUUUUAUUAGAUGACGUCACCACUAACAAAGUUACCUUAGCUUAGCAUUAUACACACCUUAGACAGAGGCUGGCUAGCCGUUUCCCCUCCGCUUCCAGUCUUUGUGCUAAGCUAAGCUAGCCGGCUCCUGGUUGUAGCUUAAUGUUUAUCUCAUAAUAGAGGUAUUGAUCUCUACAUCUAUCUCCCAACAAGAAAGAAAAGGACAGUGUUUCUCAAAAUAUUUUACCCAUAAAUACUUGCACCCAUUUCCUAAUAAUUUUUGUAAUAAUGUUUAAGUCACGUGACAACUGUUUUUUAUUUUAUUGUAAAUCUGUUUUUGUGUCAUUGUGCUUUCAAGAUUGCUGUUAUGAUAUUUUGUUGACUUUGUGAAAUUCAAUACAACAUAAAUCACAAAGCGACUCCCUUUUUUAAAAUAUAUUUAAUCUGCAAACUGCCUCGUUUUCAUUGGUUCAACGUGAGUUUCUGUCUUUUCUCAGUGAUUCCUGUCUUUGAAAUGUUAUCAUUCCCUCUGUGUUGAGAAUAUAAAAAAACGAUAUCAAAG